GAAAGUUUAAACUCAAUUCGAUCGUGUUGUAUUCCCUGUCAUUCUGUAAUUAAAUAUUUUCCUGCAAGGGUCUCGUCACGAAAGUUGCAUAAUGGUGGCUGUGAAAAUACUUCAAUAUUAUUUCAACCUUUUUCGUCGACAAAUAGCAGGUGAAAUUACGAUUCGUAUUUAAUUUCCGAUAAUUAUAGACAGUUUAGCAUCGCGUUGAAUUUCUACUAAUAACUUCAGUCAGAACUAUCGAGUGAUGACGGGUGACCUCAAACCACAUUAAAAUCCUUCCAUUAAGAGUACACCCGGGCUGAAAGUGUGUCUGCGAAGGCAGCAAUCGCAGCAACAAGAAAUAUCGUGUAAUUUACUGCCUUUGAGCUGUUAUAAACUCGCUGGACGCUGGGAAAUCGGUAAUCGUCGAGACUCGACGUUCCCGCUUAAUUAGGUAUGUUUAUACACCGUUCGGACGGGAAUGUAAUAUUUACCGCGGCAUAGUAAGGCGGACUCGUCGUGCGCUUUGCUAAGGGAACGAGCAGAGGAAGCCCUCGAAAUACUUAUUUAACACCUAAUCGAAUUAACCAUUGGCGUCGUCUCCCCGGUGGUGCCUGAUGUCCAGCCGACCAUUCGUGGACGAACGACAGCGGUACGCUCGUCCCAACGCGAAAUUAGUGCAUGUCGAACGUUUCUCUUCGAUCCAGAAAAGAUGGAAGUGUUGAUAGACGGCUACUUCGACAAGCUGUUCGCUGAAAUGGAGCGCAGUUGCCUGGCCUCGCGUUACAAACGUCGAGAGUUGGUAGGCUACUUCUCCGACGUGAUAAAUAGCUGCGCGGAAGCGGAGAACCUAGACAAGCAGGACGUCUGCGAGAGGAUAGUGAUGUCCGCCCUGCGCUACCACAACAUAGCCAUGAUGGAGAACGGCUACGUCUGCCUGCUAGGCAAGUUCCACAACGUUCUCUACGUGGCAGCGAAGCUCUGCUACGACUGGAACCUCGAGAACAACGAAAUCGUCUCGCGACUGCUCAACGACAUCUUCUACUGCGAGAAGACCUUUGAGCGUAUAUUAGUGGGCGCUAUCUUCGGUACACGGGUGACCCACUUCCUGUCAGGUUGGAAGAGCGACUUUGAGGACCGCGAGGAGAACAUCAACGCGCUGAUAUACUUUCUGCACCACGCCACCAUUGGACGGCUCGAGUACAGGUGCCAGCUAUUGCCCAUGAAGAGACGCUUGAUUGAUAUACCCAUGGAGUCCUACGGACAGGCGUUGCCAUUAAGGGUGGCCAUUCAAAACGGCUCGCCAGAUAUUCUUCUCGUCAUGCUGCGUUACGGAGCUUCCGUAGAGCCUGACAAUUUGGCUCCGUCUCCCUUGGAAAUGCUGUUGACGAGACUGAGCGAGUACGACCCUCAGCCUGGACAACAGCAGGCAGUUUAUCCUGAACCCUUGCUUCAAUGUCUGAGGAUAGUGCUGAGAACCGUGACCACAGCUUUUGUGAAAACGCCCAGUUACAUAGCUGACAAAAGCGGCGUCUACAGUGUCUCUCUUUAUGAACAGUAUCCUACUCUGGUGGAGCAGAAGCUGGUGCCACCCGAGAGGAGCGGUCUGAAUCCACCUGAAUUGAGACACUUGUGUCGUUGUCGUAUUAGAGAGACUCUGUUUGAGAACUGGGCCCUGCCGCAUGGAAUACAGAGUCUACAGAUCCCAGCGUCGCUUAGGGACUACUUGGACUUGCUCACCGACUGAUAUAUGUACUUUCGCCGUUGUGGGUCGAAACUUGGACUUGUUAGGUGAGAUAGAGAGACUCUAAGUUUAGGGAUACGCCAGAGUUUACUUAAAAUCCUCUUGAGACUGAUUAGUAUUUGAUCUAACCGCUGCUACAAGAUGUGUUUCAUUUGGAAUGCAAAGGAAGGACAUUCUUCAAAGUUCACUGAGGAUACUUCAUUUAGUGAGCUGAAUAUAAUUUCUUUUAGAUAUAUGAGCUGCUCAUUGCACAAAUCCAUUAACUCCAUACAACAAAAAGUUGAGAAAUGUGAUCAAAAUAGCCUCUGAAAUAAAUUAUUUAUUAUUCAAUGGCCAAAAUAAUUUUGUCGUUUAAUGGUGUUUUAAUGGUUUAAGUGCUUUGACACUUAAAUUUAAGAUUUUUAAAAAAGCGGAGUUAAUCGAUUUGUACAGUCAACGGCACAUAUGUACAAUAAAAUGGUCGUGCAAUAGAGGGCUAAUAUGGUUGCGUGACGAGUUAGAUGUGUGGAAAAUCGAUAACUU